UCCUAACAAAACACACCACAACCAUGCACGACCCCGCCUUUGACAUCGAGACAGACCUGUCCACCCAAAGCAUCCUCCUCGCAGCAGCAAACCACGACAUCCCCGCCCUCCGCAACCUCCUCCGCAACUCCUCCGCAAACGUCCAAGACUCCGAGACAGGCUUCACACCCCUCCACGCCGCAAUUGCCGCCUGCGAGCCUGACGAGGACGAGAAAACUGCCGCACAAGCAAACGGAAAGGAGGCAGAUGCCAAGGAAGCAGGGAAGGAGGAGAUAGAAGCUGCGACUAAGACGGUCAAACUCCUGUUUGAAAACGGUGCGAUAUGGAACGAUCUGGACGCGAAUGGCGAGACACCGGGAUGUAUUGCGCAGAGACUUGGAUUGACGGAGUUGUAUGAGCUUUGCGUUGAUGCUGGAGUGCGCGCUGAAUUGCUGCUGAGCCGGCUGGACGAGUAUCAACUGCUUGUUGGUGGGGACUCGGACGAAGAGGAUGACGAGGAUGAGGAAGAGGAGGGAGACGGGGAAGUCGAAGUAACAGCCGAGGAUGUCGAGAUUCUGGAUGUCAGUCAAGAAGCUGCGCAAGGCGAUGAGUCAACGGAAAACCCGAAUUACCUGGCUUCGAACCUGACGUUCGAUCGAGACCGGUUGACCGACGAUGCAGGUAACGGGGUCAUGAUGGAGUGGGAAACAACGCUUAUGCGGCGAUCCGCUGAGCUGCUUGCGCCUGCGCCAGGCCUGCGUGUGCUGAACGUAGGGCACGGGAUGGGUAUCAUCGAUGGCAUUCUGCAGGAGAAGCAACCAAAAGCGCACCACAUUAUUGAAGCGCACCCAGAUGUUCUCAAGCGCAUGAGAGAGCAAGGCUGGGACAAGAAGCCUGGUGUCGUCAUCCACGAGGGUCGCUGGCAAGAUGUUGUGCCCGGUCUUGUCGAGAAGGGCGAAUUGUUCGACGGCAUCUACUUCGACACAUUCGCCGAAGAGUAUAAAGCGCUGCGCGAAUUUUUCACAGAGUACGUGAUUGGCUUGCUAGAUCCUUCGGGCGGUCCAGAUGGCGAGGGCGGGAGGUUUGGCUUCUUCAAUGGCAUGGGCGCGGAUAGGCAGAUCGUCUACGAUGUGUAUGGCAAGAUCGUCGAAAUGGAUCUCUUCGAAGCAGGCUUCGAUACGGAGUGGGAGACAAUACAGGUACCUGACCUUGACGAGCAGGGCGAGUGGCAAGGAGUAAGGAGGAAAUACUGGGUAUUGGAGGAGUACCGGUUACCUACUUGCAGCUUCAUCGGCUGAGCAUUAAACGCCA